AUGGCUGUAGGAGCGGCCAGUCCUCGCCUGUCCGUCUCCGGGCCUGGCCUGGCUGUGGCCGAGCGCCUCUCUGUGCCCCCCGCCCGCGGCCGCCUCUGCCGCCUGCGCAUGGGGAGUUGGCGUCACUUUUCUAAAUGGUUUCUCGGCCAUCGCUGGUCCCGCCCCAGACUUCGGAACAGCGUGGAAAAGUUGUCCCCUGCGGCCGUCUCCUCCCUCGCUCCCGCUCAGGAUGCCGAACCCCCGGAUCUGCUCUUUCCUUCUUCGGCCUCUCGGGAAUGCUGUCGCUUCUUCGGAGACAAAGGCUUGACUCUGAAGGUGUUCUGUACCCGGGCAGCGCCCUUCGGCGUGCUGUGGACGCUCACGAACUACCUGUACUUACACGCAGUAAAGAAAAUUAACACCACGGACGCCUCCGCCCUCUUCUGCUGCAACAAAGCGUUUGUGUUCUUGCUCUCGUGGAUCGUUCUCAGGGACAGGUUCAUGGGAGUGAGGAUCGUGGCCGCCAUCCUCGCCAUCGCGGGCAUUGUGAUGAUGACCUACGCAGAUGGCUUCCACAGCCACGCCGUCAUCGGCAUCGCCCUGGUGGUGGGCUCCGCGUCCAUGUCAGCCCUCUACAAGGUUCUGUUCAAGCUGGUCCUGGGCAGUGCGAAGUUCGGAGAGGCCGCCUUAUUCCUGUCCGUUCUGGGUGUGUUCAACGUCCUCUUCGUCACCUGCAUCCCCGUGGUUCUCUACUUCACCAGGGUGGAGUACUGGAGCCCCUUCGACGCCGUCCCCUGGGGGAACCUCUGCGGGUUCUCGGUCCUCUUAUUGACAUUCAAUAUCGUACUAAAUUUUGGAAUCGCUGUUACGUACCCCACUCUGAUGUCUCUGGGAGUUGUGCUCAGUGUACCCGUGAACGCAGUGGUUGAUCACUACACCAGCACGAUCGUCUUCAACGGGGUCCGGGUCAUCGCCAUCAUCAUCAUCGGCCUGGGCUUCCUCCUCCUGCUCCUGCCCGAGGAGUGGGACGUCUGGCUGAUCAAGCUGCUCACCCGCCUCAAGGCGAGGAAGAAGGAGGAGCCGGCGGAGGGCGCCGGGGACGCGUGCUCCGGACCGCAGAAGAGCCGCAGAGCCCGCCCGCCCUUGGCCCGCUGACGGCAGCGUCUGGCACGUGCAGGGACACUCGCGGUAGGGACUGGGAGGCCUGCCCCUGACGGGACCUCGGUGGGUAAGGUGUACAUACCUGUACAGUUCUGGCAACCUGCGGUAAGUCGCACGGUAUUUAUUGGCAUGUCCAGUUUGCUUGCUCUUCUUCACAUCAGACCUGCCACUUAAGUACCGAUUCAGCGUGACAGCGAAAAGAAAAACCUCUCAGCCCUUUUUCAAUGAAUGUAAAGCAAGUUAAAGUUCUCCUUGCCGAGGUUGCUUUGAGCGGCAGGCAGGGCGAGCGUUUGGAAUCUUAGUAACCGACACCUGCAUCGCACACUGUGACUACUUUUAGCUGUGGUAGGUCAUACUUUGUUUUAUACCAGAGCUGUACUCUUAAUUUUAAGGGAUUUCAAUGAACCAAAAGAUAACCCAUUAAGGUCGUUUGGAUGGAUAGAUGGAUGGGAUGGGAAGAGGUAAAGCAGAAAAAGAGAAUGGACAUCAGAACCAUCCCUAGGACUAGUCUGGGGGCGGCUGUUGGAGGACAGGCCCGAGCCAGGUCACGGAAGGGGGAGGACAGGCCCGAGCCCCAGCCGGCUUGCUCUCACGUGUCUGUGUAAGGUCACGCCACAGAAAUUAUAGUGCCUUCUACAGAAUUUUUGUCUUUACCUAUGUGAAGCGAGGUGACGUCGUAAGUCACUGGCGCCGUCUUAUAAUUUAGAUGUAGACAUCUUUCAAAGCAAAUAAAGCUGUAUACGUGUGUGUGUGUACAAAAACGACAGAACCGACGGGCGUGGCGGAGCGUGGCCGGCGGCGUGCGACACGCACGCGCGCAGGGCGGACUCCGCAGGACGUGAGCUGCUGUCCGCCUCUCCUUCGUGGCCAGGACCGGAAGAUGAUUUACUGAAUCUGUACAUCUUUUUAUGAAACUUUUAAGCCCGAGCUGUUUACGUACACAAUGUAGGUCUGCCAGAAAAUUCUAUCUGUGAUAGAUCUGUAAAGAGGGAAGGGGGUUAGAGUUUACUAUUUUUGAAGUUUACAUUGUUACAUACGAAGCGGAAACCUUAUUUUGAAAUGUCGUAACCCCGCGGUGCGCUCCGGGACCCGGAGUCUUUCGUUUCUUAGGGGCGAGGGCGUUCACGGCCUGAACUUUUUAGCAAAUUGUUAUUCUCGGUUUCCAUUACCCGUUUGGCCAAACAGAUUAAUAAACUAUUUAAAACAGAA